GGCUGAAAAGGCAGAGGGAGUCGGGAGUGGGAGCGCCGUCUCGUGGUGAUUUAGCCAGGCCACUUCCAGAGCUGGAUUUAUGGCACGCAGCUGUUGAGUGGCUGACAGACGUGUGAGGGGCUCAAGCACUGCUGCUUCUCAAGCUGCUCUUACCAGCUCCAGCUCUGCUUACUGUUGCGUAGGAAAGAGGACUGCUGUAAACACAACGCCAGCAGAUGGUGCGGGAGCAGUAUGUCACCACCACCCAGGGCAGCAGCUCGCCCAGGCCGGUGCCCGACCAUGUCUACAAGAUCGGCAUCUAUGGCUGGAGGAAGCGCUGCCUCUACCUGUUUGUCCUGCUGCUCAUCAUCAUCCUGGUGGUCAACUUCGCCCUCACCAUCUGGAUCCUCAGGGUGAUGUGGUUCAACACGGAAGGGAUGGGACUCCUACAAGUAAACUCAGAUGGGGUCAAGCUGGAUGAGGGCGAGUCGGAGUUCCUUUUUCCUGUCUACGCUCAGGAAAUCCACUCCAGAGAAGACACUUCUCUUCUAGUGCACUCAUCGGAAAAUGUUUCCCUUAAUGCCCGCAAUGAAAAUGGUGAUGUCACAGGGAGGAUAUCUGUGGGUCCAAAAGAGGCUCAGGGACACGCUCGAAAUCUGCUCAUUAACUCCCACAAUGACAACAUGCUGUUCACUGCAGAUGGCGACCAGGCUGUGAUUGGACCAGACAAACUACGAAUCACCGGUCCUGAAGGAGCGCUGUUCCAGCAUUCGGUGGAAGUGCCCCUGCUGAAAUCUGAACUUUUGAAAGACCUGAGGUUGGAGUGUCCUACUCGCUCUCUCAGCAUGGAGGCGCCAAAAGGAGUUCAUCUCAAAGCGCUGGCCGGCAACAUCGAAGUGGCCUCCAACAUGGAUGUUUUUCUGCAGUCUAGUAAAGGACUGCUGGUGCUGGAUGCUGAGACGGUUCGCAUGCCGAGCCUGCCUCUGAGUGGAGGAGGGGUUUCUGGAAAUGCUCAGGGUCUCUACGAGGUCUGCGUCUGUCCCAGCGGCAAGCUCUUCCUAUCCAAGGCCGGGGUCACCUCCACUUGCGGUGAGAAUCAGGAGUGCUAGAAAGACUGACAAGGUAAUCGAUUUUCCAUCUCUCAGUAGAUGCAUUUUCUGGGAGGCAACAAGCACAACUGUUUAUAUCUGGCCUGUUUUUUUUUAAUCUUUAUACCACAGUGGGUCUAUGAUGAUCUCAGAGCUGGGAUCCCACUGGCACAUCGUGGCCUGUAAAAAUACAAAUGCCUGCUGGCGUACAUGUAGGAGAUGUCAUGAGAUGAAUCCUUUUAGUUGCAGUUGUGACCUUCUAACCAUUCAGCUGAAACAAAUUGGCACUCCUGUUCCAAAUCUAUCUGCAUCAGAGCUUUGUGGAGAAUUUUUUACACACACAGUAUCAUGGCUGGGCAAUGAGGAGCUGGUAUCGGCUUACAUCCUAUGCAAUAUUAUCUUGUGGUGCAAUAAAUAAAUUGACACAUAUCAAGGGCUUGGAAUAAUGAAACAAAUCUCUCAAUUACAGACAGAAUGUUAUUGAAAAUAUUUAUUUUGGUUUACGUGUUCCCUUCUGGCUCCAAGCCCUUGGUAUGUAUUUUUUUUGUCUCUGUGUUUAGCAUGUUUUUAUUUAAUUGGGGGGAAAAUUUUGAGAAAUGCUGGUAAAUAUUUUGUCAUAGUAACUUCAGAGAUGGACCUUUUUUUGUUAACUCAAAUUCAGAUACAACAAACAGACUUGUUUCUUGUUUUGUUUCAACUGCUUUAUAGGGUUGAGAUUAAAAUACCAUGUGUUUAUUGGUACCAUAAAGUGUUACUAGUGUGGUAUCACGUGUGUAAUUGUGUUGUUUUCUUUUGGUUUAUAAGAUUACGUAUGUUUGGCCUGUGUUGUUUUUAAGCCCCACAUCAGCAUGCAAUUAUGCAUUAGCUACAAGACAGACAGUUUUUCUUGCAAGUAAGCUGAUCUGUGUUUGUUUAGUAACCUCACUUCAGCCAAGCGUCUAUGACUAACAAAAUAUUACCUUUGACCACAGCAACAUGGAAGCAAAAACGAAACAUUUCUAAUAAAGGUACUGUACUUUAUGAUUCUGAGUGGAAAAAUAAUGGGAUUAUUGAUUCAGUUUUGCUUUUGCCUUAUGGGCCAAAUAUGCCUUUUAUUUUUACACAUUAUGCAUGGCAGGUAAUAAACAACAUUUGUAUCUCUUGUAAGAUAAGAUUCUCAGUUCACUACGUCAAAAAGGACAAUAUUUUGUAAUAGUUUGGGUUAAGCAUCAAUUUAUCUGCAAGACUGUUUUUAGCAUAAGUAAUAUCUCACAGCAGUGUGUUAUUGUCAGUAGAUAAUUUGCAGUUCUCACAUAUGUUCUUGCAUAUUUUGAUAAAGUGUGUAAUGUGUAUUUAUUAUAUUUUGUAUGUUGAAUAAACUCUGUGCUAUUCUUCUA